UAUUCCUUAAUUAUGAUAGGAAUGAAGAAAAAUUACUUAAAUACUGUUCUCGCAAAAUGCGCGUUUUUAUCUCGUACGAAAAUCGUAUACGCAGCGUCUCGAUCGAUCCCAAAGUAACAGUACGGGACCUCAAAACCAUUUUACGUCGUCGAUUUCAUUUGAAUUUGAGAAACGAGCGCGAGGAGAGCGAUGAACACUUGUCGUUAGCUUAUCAAGGAUGUAGUCUUCAAGAUGAUUAUGUCUACGGUGAUCUGUCUCUUCCUCCCGGAUCAACACUUUUAUGUCGUGUGGAAAAACAACGGAAGCCUAUCCUUCGAAUAAAUUGUGUCAACUAUGAGCUAAGGAUCGUCUACAAUAAAUUUUUUGUCGUUUGGGAGACGUCUGUUGGCGCACUACGUACGAUGAUACAAGACACGACUGGAAUUCACGUUAGUGCUUUCAGACUUUUCGCGAAAAAAGGUUUGGAGCUCUUUGAUUGUCACACCCUCGGCGAUUAUGGUAUUGGUACUGGUGAUGCUGUUGCAAUGGAGAUAUGGUCUGAUGUUGUUCAUGUGAUUACAGCAUCACGUGACAACGAUAUAACUGCUACCAUUGGCUCUCUUGCUUCGCUUCCGGACUCUCCGCAUCUGCUCUUGUAUCAACUACAGUUGUGCCUGUUUAUCUCAGCUCAUUACGGUUAUCAUCAACUUGGGACUCAGCUCAUGAGAUGCGGUGCGAAACCGGACGCACCAGUUGGACAGCAUCCGUCACGUGUUUGGUGUGGCUCGUCUGCGAAUGUCAAUAACUUAAAGACACCGGCACAUGAAGCAGCUCAGUGUGGUAGACUAAAAUGCCUACAGUAUUUUCAUAUGUUCAAUCGUUCCAUUGUCGUUUGUAAAGACUCAAAUGGUCUAACACCAUGUAACACUGCCCGUAGGUUCAAACAGAGCGAGUGCUUCAAAUUUCUCAUUGCAGAAGAAUUUCGUGUUCCCAGCGUACACCCUAAACUUAGUCUGUCUGCAUAUUCGCGCGUCCGUCAAUGGUGCGAUCGUGCUAAAAUACGGGCUCGCUUGAACAAAGAUAAAAGGUCCGUAUUUCUUCUUAAGAAUGGAAAAGCUGUGAGGAUGUGUGGUGUUGUUGGUCAAGAUAUUGAAGUUAAUGGUUACAGUAAUGUGGAAGACAACAGAAAGGUAAAGAGUGCCCCCUGCUUUCUUCGCGGAAACAUUGAAAAAGCAUUCAACAUCGCUCAUAAUUCUUGUACUCGGACAAUAAGUGAUGGCAUAAAAUUUCCCUGUACCUUUUCUAGAAAAAAUGGUUUCCAUACUUCUUUUAAUGGUUCGUUAAAAAUGGGACCAUUCUCUCACGACGCUCAGUUGAUGUCUAAGGCAACAUUCAAUGUUAACCCUUUAAAGCUUUCUCUUAGUCAACGUGAUAAUUCCCACGGUAAUGGUCGUGGGAAAUGUCAAAACAUUAAAUCUGAUCAACAGUUGAACGAGAAUAAGAGGGGGAAAGUUCGUACACAAUCUUCUAAUUCUUUACAUGAAAGCCAACUUUCCUUGCAUGAAAACAAAAAGCCUUCCGUCGUAAGUGGUAAUACUCCAUGUAAAAAAAUUAUCUCUCGAGAAAAGUAUGUCUGGAAACCUGCGAGAACUUUUGGGAAAAGUGAUGAGGAAAAUGUUGGGACGUCAGUGGAGAAGGAUAGACGACUUGAAACAAAUGUUUCAUCAUCGAUUGUAAACAAGAAUUUGCAAAACCCCUCCAACGAAAUGAAAUGUAGUUAUAAUCGAAAGAUUGAAGAGCAAAGUAAUUAUGACAAACCAAGAUCUAAUACACCCUGGCAUUCAAAUCACCGCGCCUCUAAACUUGACAGUAACAGUUUCCGAGACGAAAAAUGUAUCGAGCUGAAGCAAUCGAAAAAACAAUCUUCUGACAUCAAAUCAAGAAGCACAGGCUCGAAUGCUGACUUAUGUUUGAAAAUAGCAUCAAAGACUUUUCACAAGAAGUGUUUUCUUCGUCAAGUACAAAUGGCACUUGCCAUCAAUGAAAAAAUGUACAGGCGGUCUAAUAACGGGCUAUGAAAGAAAGAGGUAAUGAAAAAAGGAGGUAAUGAAAGGAGGUAAUGAAUGAAACAGGCAAUUAAUGAAACAGGCAAUGAAUGAAACAGGCAACGAAUGAAACAGGCAAUUAAUGAAACAGGCAACAAAUGAAACAGGCAACAAAUGAAACAGGCAACGAAUGAAACAGGCAA